AUGCCCCCCUCCGCAGCCCGAACAGCAACCCUCCUCGCAAACCUCGCAUCUGUAACAAACCGGGUAACAACCGCCGCGAGCAAACUCUCCGUCCCAAAAGACCCUUCCUCUCCCGUGCGCCUUGUCGCCGUCUCAAAGCUAAAGCCCGCCUCGGACAUCCUCGCCCUCCACAACCCACCCACCGCACACACGCACUUUGGCGAAAACUAUCUACAAGAACUCCAAGAAAAGGCGCGUCUCCUGCCCCCUACGAUAAACUGGCACUUCAUCGGUGGAUUGCAAUCGAAUAAGUGCGUUUCGCUUGCACGGGAUACCCGCGCGCUCUGGGCCGUCGAGAGUGUGGAUAGCGAGAAGAAGGCGGGCCUGUUGAAUAAAGGUUGGGGAGAGCGGAAGCGGGAUGUCCUUGGUGGAGAGGAGAGACUUAGGGUGUUUGUACAGGUCAAUACGUCUGGGGAGGAGAGUAAGUCUGGUGUUGAGCCUGGGGAGGGCGUUGUGGGCCUGUGUCGGUUUAUCAAGGAGAAGUGUCCGAAGUUGCGGCUACAGGGGCUCAUGACGAUUGGGGCGAUUGCGAGAUCAAAAGCGACAACGGCGGAGAAUGAGAAUGAGGACUUUUUGUGUCUUAGGGAGGCGAGGGAGACGGUUGUGAAGGAAUUGGGGCUUGAGGGGGGAGAGGCCCAGUUGGAGUUGAGUAUGGGGAUGAGCGAGGAUUUUGAGGGGGCAAUUGUUCUGGGAAGUGAUCAGGUGCGUGUUGGAACUACAAUCUUCGGAGAUAGGCCGCCGAAGGAUCAGGCGAGGGUUGUGUGA